CACCAGGCUACGCUACUUACGCUGGUAGCGGGCACUGCCGCCCUCUGCUUGGGUGCUCCACGCUCCACAUGUGUCCGCCUUGCCAACGCCCAACGGCUUCGCUCUUGUUCUUCUAGCUUGACAGCUCGCAACGCUCGCCAUUCCGUCUUUCUCUCUGUCCUGUUCUUUGGUGCCCCGGUGUCGACCUUUCUCCGCUCCCUCCGCGCAGCUUCGCAUCAGCCCUCAUGGCCUUCGCCUGCCACUCGUAGCGCCCCGCCUCCUUCUUCUUCCGACGACUACACCUUUGGGAUGGCCCCUCUUCCCGAGGUGCUGGGCUACAUAGGCCUUGUCUGGGGCUGCGUCGUUGUGGUUGUCCAGACAAUAGGCAUUACUCAACUCUUCCGCAACUACUCGACCAAACCACCAAAGCCCGUCUCGCCGGCGCUUCCGCGCGACAAAGUACCACAUGUGACGAUCCUCCGCCCCGUCAAGGGCCUCGAGCCGGGCCUCUACGACUGCCUCGCCUCCUCCUUCCACCAGGCAUACCCUUCCGAGAGGCUCACACUACACUUCUGCGUCUCCGACCCGGACGAUGCCGCCCUUCCCACCCUGCGCAAGCUGCUCAAGGACUUCCCAAAGGCCGACGCCCGCAUCUUCAUCGAGUCCGAAGAUCCUCUGCUGCACGGCCCCGACGGCAAUGUCAACAACGUCGGCCCCAACCCAAAGAUCCGCAACCUGAGCCGCGCCUACCGCGAGGCCAAGGGCGACAUCAUAUGGGCCGUCGACUGCAAUGUCUGGGUGAGCCCGGGCACGCUGGGCCGGCUCGUCGAUCGCUUGUGCGGUUACUCGCAACCAGGAGGCCCCAAGGUCAAGCCUGUCAAGUUCGUCCACCAGCUGCCCAUAGUCGUCGACACGGUUAGUUCCAUGGCUCAGCAGGACGGCGAGGGCCGGGCAUUACUCUCGGGCGCCUCCAUCACCGGCAGCUCCGACUCGUCCGCAGCCGUGCACGUCCCGUCGUCCCUCCUGGCGCGCUGGCGAACCCACGGCGGAGGCCGGCUGGAGGAACAGUUCAUGGCCACCACGCACGCAAAGUUCUACUGCGCCAUCAACGCCGUCGGGGUGGCCCCGUGCGCCCUGGGCAAGAGCAACAUGUUUCGCAAGUCGCACAUCGACCGCGUGACCGACGCCUCGAGGAACCCCACCCUGGCGGGCACGUCCGCGGCCAGUCUCCCUCAGGGGCUGGACCACUUCUCGUACUACCUCUGCGAAGACCACGCCAUAGGGGACCUGCUCUGGCGCUCCCCGAUCAAGGGGUUCGACAACCACGGCCUGGCCGCGGGCGAUCUCGCGGUCCAGCCCGUCGCCGGCAUGUCCGUCGUGGCGUACUGGAGCCGGCGCGUGCGCUGGCUGCGCGCGCGCAAGUGGACGGUCCUGGCAGCCACGCUUGUCGAGCACGCCGUCGAGUCGCUCGUCUGCAACCUGUACUUCUCGUACGGCCUGACCACGGUGCCCUUUGUCCACGAGCUCACGGGUAUCCCACAGACGUGGCGCGCAAUGGGGAUCGCCUGGCUCAUCGGCGUGACGACAUGGAUGGCCAUGGACAGGGUGGUGUUCAAGGUGCUCUACCGCGGAGACACGAUCGAGGUCAACGACGGCAGCGAGGGUCCUUCUUCGGCAGCGACGCCGCGCUUCGCACGCGGCUUCCGGCACGGCGGCGACGAGAAGCGCCCCUUUGGCGAGUGGUUCCUGGGCUGGCUGGGGCGGGAGAUUCUCGCCCUCCCCAUCUGGACGUGGGCGGUCCUGCUCGGCGGCUCGGUGACCUGGCGCGGCAAGCGGUUCCGCGUGCGCUCCGACAUGACUGUCGUCGCGAUCGACCCGGACACCGAGGCCGAUUCUGACGGCAGCAACUAUAAUGACGACGAGACCAGCGAGGAGGAGGAGGAGGUUGCGAGUCAGCGAACGACACAACGUCCAGGCCGCAGGUCGGGCGGUCCUCGCUCUGGGAGCAUUUCAAGCAGGAGCAGGAGCAAGAACAAGAGCAAGAGGACAAGCAACAGGCGCAAGGCGUAACUUCAGCAUUUCUCGCGAUCAGAGGGAGGGCCCGUCCGUCGGCAAUAAUAGCCUUGUCGGUAUAUGCAGUGCUGGGCCGGCCAGCCAGCCAGCGCUUGCUCUGUUUGGAUCUCACGUGGACAUGACCCUAACAUUAUAGAAGGACACAAAAAAAAGAGAAUCUUAAGAAUAAUAGUAAUGAAUAUAUGAAAGACGACGAACCACGGAACGUAACAUAUCUGACCACUUUCUUCGGGUUUGGUAUUUUGUGUUCAGAGACUGGGUGGUUUCGUCAAUGUGUUGAAAAUCAGUCUGGCGGCGAAGGAGACGACACCGAGGGGAAGCACAUAAGCUUAGCAA